UGCCUGCUGUGUUCUGAUGCUAAAGCCUCAACCUCGAGCUGAACGGACCACAUUGAGCAGGUUAAAGCAGGUUAAAGCAGGUUAACGCGGACAGAAGAGGUUGUUAUGCUGUUAUUUAGCCUUCAUACAGUCGCUAUAAGAUGCCAGCACAUAAAGAUGUUAAAUUUCCACCUUUAACAGCGUCACAAAAACAAAGACUAACAUAUGACCAUAGACUACACAAAACUGUCCAGACAUCAGACGAAGGGCAAGAAGGAGAAAGUGCUGGUGCUGUUUCUGUCCAACCUGCAGCCAGAAAGUUGAGCUGGACGGGUUGCAGUUACAUUUAUGCCGGACCAGGGAAAAAGCCUCAACUCCUGAUGCACCUGGAGAGCUAUGUGAACAAGGAGCUGCAUACUAUCAGCUCCCAUGAGCCAAAAUUUCAGGAACUGAAACUACAGGUCUACCGUGAUAUCUUUGGUUGUUUCAUCAAAGAGUUCAAAACCUACCAACCGCUUCUUUCUGCCAUCAAGAAGGAAUAUGACAACACUUUAGCAUAUCAGCAGGAUCAAAUCAGAGAACUGGAACCACUGCGAUCCCAUCUGAGGCUGGUGACAGAGGAAUGUGACAGGAAGAUUCAAGCUCGCUGGGCAGAGGAGCAGUGCGAGAUUGGAGCCUUGAAAAGGGAGAAGCAGCAACUACGGAGGGACAUCGAGGCCAUGGCGGAGAAAGAAAAGGCCAUGCAGUCAGUGGUGGACUGUCUGCAGUCUGAUCUCUCCAACCAGUAUCUACAGUACCGAGAUGAGCGUGAUGCCCGCAAGUUGUUGAUCUGGCAGCUCAAUAACCUAAAUAUAAGCUCUGUGAAGGAGGAGAAUCCUGCUGAUGAAAACACAGAGUUGGCUAAGGACCACAUGGAGCUGCAGCUCGCUCUGAAGGUGUGUCGGGAAGACCUGACUAAUGCCCAGGAGGAGCUCAACAUGAUGAAGGCGGACUACUGGGAUGUCGUGCCAAAACGCGACUUGGACGCCCUGGAACAAAAAAAGAAAAAGACCAGCCUGCAGUUGAAGACGUUGCAAGGUGACUUUGAUCAGUUGAAGAGUGAGUAUGACACCCUGCUGAUGCUCCACAGAAGAAGCAGCAUGCAGGACAAGACACAUGACCCCAUCACUGUGCAGAUGGAUGAGAGAGUGUCCCAAGAGCAAAGCCAGAUUCAGUCCAACCUCCUAAAAGACCCGAUCGACUCUGACACUCCUGAGAGCAGCACACUCACUGUCCAGGAGUUUAGGUCAGCCCUGAGGACAGCGCUCCCUCUGAAGUCCGAUCAGGAAAUAGAUGAACUUGUGGCUUCGGUUCAAAGCGAACCAGACAACAGCAAUGACACCAUCUCCUCUCAGAGACUCCACAGCCUGCUGGCAGAAUCCGGUGUGGCAGCCUUACCUCCAGCUCUUGAUGAAUCUGAAGAAAAUGCUGCUUCAAAUACCUCUCCAGCCAGCAACUGAUAAAAUGUUGUAGUAUAAAUUUUA